CAGAGGUCGCUUUUCAAAGGGAAAUGACAUUGGGGGUGGGCCAAGCUGUUUAUCAGUUAUGGAAUUAUUUUUGGUAUUAUUUAUAGAGCAUUUUUAGAUCUAGCCUUUAAAUAUAUCACGGCGAUGUCGUCAACACGACAGACCUGUUUAAUAGUACUUAGUGGUGCAAAAGAAGGGAAUUCAGCACAAUCUUUUAUUCAGUCUUUCACCUUACUUCACACAGCUUUUACUGUUCAGAUUGCAACUCCUGGGGGAAAAUCUUUAGAAUUUACUAAUCAGGACGAACAAAGUAGAAGGUGGUUAAAUGACUUUCGAAUGAAAACGUUUGCUGUUCCUCUAAGUUUACACACAAUAGAUCAACCAAUGUGUGCAGUAGGAAUGGGUGUGGUUGGUCUCUUCCCUGCAGUAGAAGAUGGUGAUUCUUGGAGUUUUAAAAGAUUUACUCUCACAUCAGUGUCAGUGUUUGAGCUAGCAAGAGAUCCAGAUUUUGCUACUUUACCCAUAAUCCCAGAAGACAUAUUAAAAGAUAGAGGAGCAUUGUACAGCUCAAGCGAACCAGAUGAGGUCCACGUGGUUGUUGACCGACACUUGAUCACUGGCCAAAAUGAACAGUCUACUCUUACAGCUGUUCAGAACUUGAUUCUUCUCUGUAACCACAAACAAAGUCGUAGAGACAAACUCUAGCCUUUUGUACCACAUUUAUUGUCAGAAAUACACUCGGCCCUCAUUUCAUAGGUUACACAAAAUAUUGAUAUGAAAUUAAUUGAACACGUGAAUGCACAGAAACUUAGUUAUCAGAUGGUUAUUAAUGUGUUUUAUUUAACUCCUGAUGUAGAUGUGUGUAAGAUCUAACCACCAGAUCAUUAACAGUACUUGAUGGUCCAAAAGUUAACUUACAUGUCUGGUGUGGAUAUAGUACAAUUUGUGGCAACAAAAACUUGAUUCUUGUGGUGUGUAUAUUUAUGUACCUAUUCACGUACAUUCAUAAACUUGAAAUGGAUUAUAAAUGAAAAAAUAUAUAUAACUAACUUUUGGACCACAUUGUAUUUUAACCCUCGUCUGUAAAGACUAGAUUGCACUAACCUCGUGACCCCAUGUUAACCAGUUUCCAUACUAGAACUUUUAAUAUGUUUUGUGUAUCUUCACAAAAUUUGGCAAGCUUUCAGUAAACAUUACAGGUCUCUUGCACAAAAAAAUCAGAUAAUUUAAUUAUUUUUAGUAAAUAUUUGUCUGUAAAUAUAUGGAGUCAGGAGGGAGUGGACUGUUGCAAGAGAAAAGUGAUUUUCAUGUUAAGAUCAAAAAUAGAUUACUCAGUGAACUUGUAGGUCAUGUUAUUGUAUCGAAUUACAAAACGCAGGAGCUACUCGUGAGAGUACUUCAUUAAGAAUUAUUUUUCAUUAUCUUACGUAUUAGUUACUUUUAUAAUAAUAAUGAAUAUACAUGAAAAACAAUAAAUAUAAUACUUACCUGCAUUCUCUUUUUUAUACUAAUGAUAUUAUUAUUCAACUAAAUAAUAGCAUUCACGAAGCAAACAAUUUCCUGGCUUCCUAACUGUCAUAGAGCCUUUAACAAUUCAGCUAAGUUUGUCAAUGAAAAAAAGGUCUCAAAAUGGAGGCAAAAUACCAAAUUCUCUAUACAGAAAACAACAUAAUAAAUACAUCACUUCAUAGGUUAAAAUUUUGGUUUUAUGUUCGUUAUAAAUAAUAUAGUAUAAAACGUUAGGAAACUAUUAGCACUUUGUGAAAGACAGGUGGGUAUGGCAAGUGGGUCUGAUUUUCUAUUUUAUGGCUCUGUAACCAAAUAAGAUUAAAUGUUAUAAAAUAAUUUUUUGCCUGAGAAUUGACAACAUUAUAAUGAUUAAUUGAACUGUAAAUUAUGUAUUUCUUGAAGAGGUGGUAUAUAAAUUAGGGAAGAGGGGAUACCUAGAGAGCAAAUGUAAAUUCUAUGGGGUUUUGAGUCAGUUUUACUUCCCCAUAUUAGUAACCUAAAUUAAUUUAGAUAUGUGAAUAGUGUUAUGACAUUUCGCCAAAUUCAUUAUUUAAUAAUAUACAGCAGAUUUCUUUUCUUUUCCACCAGAGUUGAAAUUGAAAAGAUAAUAUCUACUCUUCACCAUUAUAAUAGGCAUAGUGGUAUUUCUUUGGUUUGCUGACCCAAACUGUGCUGAUAAGCCUUGAAUAGACAAAGCUGCAGUCCACAGCAGAGGGUACGGUCAAUCAAAUAAUGCAUUAGGUCUCUACAUCACAGAUUCUCUUUUCAAUUUUACCUCUUAUGAAA